AAAAUGGGGUCGCCAUUGCUAUGAAUUAACCUAACAAUAAAAAUACACAGUAUGCCCAUGCUUAUUUGCUUAUUAGGCAAAACUAUAAAGCACAAAAGAGCACAAUGGCAUGAAAACUACUUUGGGUUGCCCAUUGUUUUUAGAUCUUCCUUUAAUUAUACUAUAGAUCGUGGAUCACAUUUAUGAUUGAUUUCACCUCACUUCUGUUUCAGGAGACCAAUAAAAUGUUCAAAUCAUUCAGAAAAGGUUUUAUGAUCAUUUUGUGUUGUACAGUUAUCCUGGUGUUUAGAUACAUCGUUCACCUAAACUUCAGACAGCUUUUGGACUUUCACUUUCUCAGUGUAAAAAAUAAUCUGGCACCUGCCUCUGGAAAUAUUGCGUACAUUGUCACAGCAAUGAAGAGCAAAGACAUCGACCAACAAAUAACCAAGAUAAUGACUAUGAUAAACGCUACAAUCCCCCAAAAGGACACCAUGCAUUUUAAAGAAACCACCAGCGCACUGAAUAGCAUAUCAAUCAUAUUGAACUAUAAACCUAAUUAUUGUGUUGGAGACACCUUGAUUGUUCAGGUUGAGAUGUUCAGUCAUUUGGGAAAAAGAAAGACUUAUGGAGGAGACUUCUUACAAGCCCGGAUCUUUUCACCAAAGCUUGGAGCUGGAGCUUCUGGAAGAAUCGAGGACUUCAAUAAUGGAACUUACAAUAUUUAUUUUACAUUAUUUUGGGAAGGACAAGUACAAAUAUCUAUUCUCCUAGUGCAUCCCAGUGAAGGGGUCGCUCUGCUGUGGAAAGGGAGGAACAUGGGAUACAAUUAUAUUGGCUUCACCGGAUUAUUUAUUCAUAAAAAACAGGAAGUAAAUACAGAAUGUGGAUUUUACUUGAAUUCCCAACAAGAAGAAUGUGAAUAUACAAACAGAAAAUAUAGAGACGUUUUCAACUGUAUCAAGUUACCAGCAAUACCCUGUGAGGCUUUCAUAUCAUUAAAAGGUUGGAACAGGCAUUAUACGUACCUCAGCAACGCAAACAAGACUCUAUUAUCCCUGUCAAACACUGGCAAAGAAAUUCCCAAAAGAGUUGGAAGUAUCAAUGUUUUAAAAUGCGCAAAAACUCCUAUGGCUGUGACUUCAAAAUGCCAAAUUGGGACCUCUCUUCCCUUCCCUAGCGGUUAUUUCCUAAACAACCAAUGGUUCCCAACGCAUUGCAAUCUUUCUACCUUUGAGCCCUUGUUAAACAUAAAUAAAUGUUUGGCUGGCAAAAUGAUAUAUUUGAUGGGCGAUUCAACAAUGCGCCAAUGGAUCGAAUUCUUCUCAGAUGUCCUAAAGAAUCUGACAUUUUUUGACACUCCCAGACCUGGUUGGCACAAGACCCAUAUGGCAUAUGACUUACAAAACAACAUCUACAUUCAAUGGAAGAAACAUGGACAUCCGUUUGUAGCUCCAAACUUCUACAGUGUCAGAGAUCACUCCUACAUCGGCAGUGAACUUGACCGACUUGCUGGUGGCUCCAACACAAUUGUUGUGAUAGGUGUAGGACAGCACUUCCGGCCCUUUCCCUUCCCCCUUUUCAUCAAAAGACUUCUCAGCAUACGAAGUGCCAUAGAGAACUUAUUUUUACGAAGUCCGGAUACAAAGGUUAUCAUAAAGUCUGAGAAUACCAGGGAUUUUGAGCAAGAUGUUGAGCGAUUCAGUAAUUUCCAUGGUUAUAUUCAGUACCUCUUAUUAAAGGACAUCUUUAGUGGACUUAAUGUUGGGAUGAUAGAUGCUUGGGACAUGACCACAGCAUUGGACUCUAGAGAUCUCCAUCCAUCGGAGCAUGUUGUUAAAAAUCAGAUCAACUUGUUUUUGUCUUAUAUCUGUUAAAGGAAAAAUUUGGGCUCAGUUGAAAAAA